AUGGACAACCUGGACAGAGUUGAGCUCUGCUACCCUCAAUACCUGAACCGGUCCUGCAGCGGUCUGAAGCGACAUCGCUCUGAGGCCGUCCUGCUCUACACACUGGUCUCCUCCAUCGCUGUGCUCACUGUUGCUCUGAACCUGCUGGUGAUCAUCUCCAUCUCCUACUUCAGACAGCUGCAGACCCCCACCAACAUGCUUCUGCUCUCCUUGGCCACCUCAGACCUCCUGGUGGGGCUGCUGGUGAUGCCGGUGGAAGCGUUGCGAUUCAUUGAGCCCUGCUGGCUGCUGGGGGACCUCAUGUGCGCUCUCUCUUACAUUGUCGGCUUCACUCUCACCUCAGCCUCUGUGGGGAACAUGGUGCUCAUAUCAAUAGAUCGCUAUGUAGCCAUCUGUUUUCCCCUGCAGUACUCCACUAAAAUCACUCGCAGUAAAAUUGAAGUGUCUGUGAGCCUGUGCUGGGCCUGUUCUGUUCUGUAUAACGGCCUCAUCUUAAAGGACCAUCUCAGGCAGCCAGACAGAUACAACUCCUGCUAUGGGGAGUGUCUGGUGGUCAUCAACUACAUCUCUGGAACCAUUGACCUUGUGUUUACUUUUAUUGUGCCGUGCUCGGCUAUUGUCAUUCUGUACAUGAGAGUGUUUGUAGAGGCGGUGUCGCAGGCGCGAGCCAUGCAGUCUCGCGUUACAGCCAGCACAGUUAAAGUCACAGCAAAGAAAUCUGAGAGGAAAGCAGCCAGGACUCUUGGUAUCGUUAUAUUCAUGUUUCUGGUGACUUUCUGUCCAUAUUACUACCCGUCUCUUGCAGGACAAGACAUCUCUAACAGUGCUUCAUCUUGGGCUAUUGUGUCCUGGAUGGUGUAUUUUAAUUCUUGUUUGAACCCACUUAUAUAUGCCUUUUUCUAUCCCUGGUUCAGAAAAAGUAUUUCUGUAAUAGUCACUCUGAAGAUCCUGAAGCAUGACUACUCUCAAGCAAACAUACUUUAG